AUGGUUACAGGUUACUAUGAAAUUAAUGAAUGUGUUAUGUCUCUCUCUGCUUCUCUCUUGAGUAUGUUUGCGAGAGGUAAAAAGAAUCAUGGAGCACUUGCUGGUGGUUGUGCUUCCUUGUCUGCCACGGCCAUUAGAGAUUUUAGAGCGCCAGCUUCUGCAGGGAACUCUGUGAUUACUCCAUCAACGCCACUCCCUGCAAUGAAUGCUGCAAGUUCUACCGUAGGAUCAGAGAAAGAUGAUGCCAUCAACAGAGAACUGGCCAUUGUCCACAUGGACGAUCAUUAUCCUGUUCCAAGUGCCUUCUCUCUUCUCAACCAGGUCCUUGAUGAGUACCAGAAGAGUUUUGGUGAGACAUGGAGGUCUGCAAAAGAAGACCCCACUCAGACUUGGCCAUAUUUAGUCCAAGCUUUAAACAAAUUUCAGGAUCCAGCAGAGGCUCAUAAGCUGUUGAAAAUCCAGAGGGAGUUGGAUGAGACCAAGAUUAUCCUUCAUAAAACCAUUGAUAGUGUUCUAGAACGUGGUGAGAAGCUGGACAGCCUAGUGGAGAAGAGCUCAGAUUUGAGCAUGGCAUCGCAGAUGAGUGUGGCGAGCGAUUCUCCAGUGCAUUCCUCAAGUAGUGAUGAUCUUGCUGCUUUCCUCGAUGCUGAAUUGGACUCUGCCUCAGACGCUUCGUCUGACUCCUCCUUACCCAGCGAAGAAGAAGAUGAUACUGAAGCUUCUAAUCAUGAGUCAAAGAGACGAAAGUUUGAGCAUUUGGAAACUGUUGAGGAAGUAGAGAUUGAAGAAGCAUCCUCAAGCAAGGGAGAAUGCGAGCAUCCAGGUUCGUUUGGAAACAUAUGCUUUGUCUGUGGGCAAAAAUUGGAAGAAACUGGUGUUUCGUUUAGAUAUAUACACAAGGAAAUGAGGCUCAAUCAAGAUGAGAUCUCCAGGUUGCGUGAUUCAGAUAUGGGAUUCUUGCAACGCCAGCGGAAGCUGUAUUUAGUUCUCGAUCUAGACCACACGCUGCUUAAUUCUACCAUAUUAAGGGACCUGAAACCAGAGGAGGAAUACUUGAAUAGACAUACUCAUUCUCUUCAAGAUGUUUCCGGAGGUAGUCUUUUCAAGAUGGAAUUUAUGCACAUGAUGACCAAACUGAGGCCGUUUGUUCACUCAUUUCUAAAAGAAGCCAGUGAGAUGUUUGUGAUGUACAUAUACACAAUGGGAGAUAGGCCAUAUGCGCGACAGAUGGCGAAGCUGCUGGACCCCAAAGGAGAGUACUUUGGUGAUCGGAUCAUUUCUCGGGAUGACGGCACAGUGAGACAUCAAAAGAGUCUAGAUGUGGUGCUUGGACAAGAAAGUGCUGUUCUGAUUCUUGACGAUACAGAGAAUGCGUGGCCAAAUCAUAAGGACAAUUUGAUCGUAAUAGAGAGGUAUCACUUUUUCGCUUCGAGCUGCAGACAGUUUGAUCACAAAUACAAGUCUCUAUCGGAGUUGAAGAGCGAUGAGAGUGAACCAGAUGGGGCACUUGCAACUGUCCUGAAAGUCCUAAAACAAGCACAUGCUCUUUUCUUUGAGAAUGUGGAUGAAGACAUAUCUAAUAAAGAUGUUAGGUUGAUGCUGAAACAAGUGCGUAAAGAGAUACUNUUUGAUUGA